GUGUGUGUGUGUGAAUUGAUAUAAUUCAAUGCCUAAUAUUGGAUUCCUUUCCAGUAAGGCAUGGCACUGGAUUAUACAUGGUAGUAAAUAUGAAAUAAUCUUCAGAUGAAUGCUCAGUCAUUGACAAAAAUAACCAUCACAAACAGGUAGAUAUUUAUAUAAAACGACUCCUCCACGUGUCACAUGAAAAAAUAUAGAAAUCAACCAAUAGUUUAAAAAGCUAAACAAAUGUUUAACGCGCAUAUAGUCAAUGCAAAUGAGGACGACCAAGAAAAAAAAUACAAAAGCUGUUUAAUCACGAUUUAAUUUCUUUCCAUACCCCGACUUAUACUUUAACCAUAAUAUUUCUGUAUUGUUGCAUUAUUUUCUUUAUUUUAAAUGUCUUUAUCCUAUUACAUAUUAUUAUAUAUAUAUAUUAUCGUAAUAAGUAUACGGUGUUUAUAAACACUGGAAUGAUACGUAUGAUAUAACAAUGAUGUGUAGAAAUACUGCGACAAAAUUCAUAACGUUAAAUUGCGUUAAAGAUAAAUUUAAAAUGAUUACAUUAUCUUUCGCUUUUGUAAGGGCCGAAACGUCGUCCCUUUUUAGUUACACGCUCUGCGUAUUUUCCCGUAAAAUGUAUUGUAAAGGCCAGAUUCAAAUCUGAUUUCAUACAAACAUAUUAUUCGGACUAACAAAAUGUUCCUCCUCUUUUUUCCUGAUUUUCAUGACGAAGACUUCGAAUUAUUGAUUUUACGGACACGUAAGUUCCAUGAAAAAUAAUGCUGGACAGGUAAUAUGCUGUCAAUUCAUGAAAGAGAUCUUGUUUCCUAUGCUAAUGUCGCUAAUUCUGCGGUAUAACCCAAAGUACUUUGAGGUUUUGGAAAGCGGAGCGAAAAUAACGCGCAAAACAUGGUCCCGACGUCUAGUCCAUACAUGACUGGAAUGGAUAUGUGGUUAGAGGCUCCGAGGUCGUGCCGUAUGGAUCCACCUACGAGACAGCAGGUUACACCAUGUUCUUUCUCUCCGAACAUUAAAGAGGAAAACGCAUACUGUCUCUAUGAGUCGCAGAAGUGUCCAAAGGCGUCGACUGCAGAGGAUCUCUCCUACUCCAAACUAACUUCAGGCUCGUGCGCAGUCAGUGACAACGGCACAGUCCCUGUACCUGGUUAUUUCCGCUUGUCUCAAACUCACACACAUUCUAAGGUUUAUCACAGUGUUCCGGCGAACUCUACAAACUUUGGUCUGCAACCGCUGGAUGGCUUCGACUCGCCACCUUCAUCCUCCGUCUCAGCAGAGGCGGCCAAGAAAGGGAACGAAGAGACGUCUUCUGUAAAUGCAGCAUGUCCGCCGCAAAGAGACGAUGACACGCAAAUGUCAUCUGCAGCAGAAUCGUCGUCACCGGAACCACCAGAAAACGAAAAAGGGAGUUCAAUUAAAGCCACGAAAGGGGAUACAAAAAGUGAAAAUACAGCCAACUGGCUUACAGCGAAAAGUGGCCGGAAGAAACGUUGCCCCUACACCAAGCACCAGACUCUCGAGCUCGAGAAGGAAUUCCUCUUCAACAUGUACCUGACUCGCGAGCGUCGCCUAGAGAUCAGUCGCAGUGUCCACCUGACUGACAGACAAGUCAAAAUCUGGUUCCAGAACCGCAGAAUGAAACUGAAGAAAAUGAGCCGCGAAAACAGAAUUCGGGAGCUUACGCCGAAUUUUAAUUUUUCUUGAUAAUCUUUAUUGAUGCGUUUAUUGGACGUCUUCCUUCUUCAAGUUCGCGAGGGGCACAACCGGUCUAACAGAAACUCUCAGUGUUUCUGCGGGCUAAUAUUAAUAGAUAAAGUUUUUGGUUAGUAAUAUAUUAAUAUUUUUCAUUUCGUUUUCCUUUUCGUUGUCGUUCCUUUGUUUUGUUUACAGUUUCACGUGUUCAUUUUGUCGCAUUAUUUCUCCGUGAGGGGAAAGUGAUAUGAUAUUCUGUGAUGUGUGAAAUAAAAACGCGCUCUUGGUUUAGAGCACAAAGGUUGUCGAAAACAAAGAAAGAAAAGACUGAAAAUACAAAUCUGGACGCAGGCAUAUUGACCACCUUACUGUAAUGAUAAAAAGUCGGCAUAAACAUUAUUCGCAUGACUUUUCUGCUUUGUUUUACAAGCUUUUAGGAAUGUGAACAGUACCGAAAAAUAAAAGCUAUUAUCAGCACAUGUACAUAAAUAAGUCGCACUCGUGAACAAAUUGUAUUACGUUUACCUCUUUUUAAUGGAAAGCUGUUUGAUGUAGAUAUUCAUGUACAUCUCGUUUUGUGAGACUGUAUAUAUUGUUUUAAUAACUUCUGUCUUUAAGUAAAAAAAAUGGUGGAAUACCCUAAUUAAAUGUGGGAAAGAGAGCAAUUAUUUCCAGGUAGACUUGCAAAAUUAAUGGGAGAGUAAUACUCGAUUGGCAAUGAAGAUUAGAUUCGAACGGACUUUUAUUGUGUAAAUAUACGCAAGCUGAUGUUUUAGUUAAAGAAUUGGUGAAUUGUGUAUUGCGUUAUUAAUAAAUUAUCGGUACAAAAA